ACCAGACACGCCCACUAGUGUUGACGCUUUUAUUUCGUUCCAGGAAAUUGAAGCGUUGGUUUGUUUAUGCUGGAGAGAUAGAGGUGGCUGCAGACAGAGCUGACAGCACAACAGUGUAUUACCUGCUGUCUAAAGGAUUUAGGUUGAGUACAACUGUUUCCUAAUGAGUUAUGUUUAUUUUUGUUCGUUUAUUACCUGUACUGAGUUCUGAAACAAAGAGUCCCUUUUUCUGUUUUAUUUAAGAACUCAGACAGACUGGAGCGCAAAAGUUACUCCUUGGAAAAGUAAAACGAGUCUGCUGUUUGUUUUCUUUCUUUAUCACACUAGUAGUGCUGAUUUUAUAUGAAUGGGAAUUCUUAAACAAAUAAUACAUUAAAAUCAAACAGGAUUCCGCUACUCGAGUCUCAAGCUAACAGUCAGUGAAGAUGGACGUCAGCGUCUCCGUGUCGUUCUUUCAAGACGAGCUCGCCUCUACCAUCGAGCACGCAGUGAAAGCGGCUGUAGACACCGUCUUGUGCCAAAUCACAAAAGUUGUCGGCGGCAAAUUCACUGAAUUCCAAAUGGAAAUGGCUGGAAAGGAGAAAGAGAAUGAAAGUCUGAAGCUGAGAUUGGAAAUAUCAGAGAGCGAGUUGAAAGCAGUGCGGGAAUGCAUGAACGCUGCAGAUGCAGACAUUAAACAACCUCUCAGAAACAUGAACUCCGACUGCAAUGAACAAGACUUUCAGAGGAACGAGAACCAGGGAUUAUUUCAAGAUCCAAAAGAGAGCUGUGCUAUGCAUAAAUCUAAAGCCUAUGAAGGGUCAAGGAUAGAAGCAGUUUACACACAAGAGGAGCCCUUUGACCAGGAGUGGUGUGGAAGUCUAAAGCAGGUUACAGAGCUGACAUUUGUUAAAGAUGAAGAGGUCCCUCGACUGGAAUGUGUUCCUAUUAAAGAGGAAUUCUUAGAACAGGAAUGCGUCCCCAUCGCAGAGGAAGUUCCUACUGAAAAUAAUGUCUGUACACUUGAGGAGAACAACAAGCUGGGAUCCAACCUGUAUGAUGGUUGUCCACCUGAAUAUGAACUGGGAUUUAGAGCUGCUAAAGGGAAUCUCUCAGGAAGGACUCUAUUUCCCUGUGCUGAUUGUGGGAAGAGCUUCAGUCGUUUCUCACAGCUUAAAAUCCACCAGCGCGUUCACACAGGAGAUAAACCUUAUCACUGCAAUGAGUGUGGGCGGUGUUUCACACAGUUACAAAAUCUUAAAAGACACCAGCGCAGUCACACAGGAGAGAAGCCUUAUCAUUGCACAGAGUGUGGGAGGAGUUUCACAGUGUUACAAAAUCUUAAAAGACACCAGCGUGUUCACACAGGAGAGAAACCUUAUCACUGCACUGAGUGUGGGAGCAGUUUUACAGUGUUACAAAAUCUUAAAAGACACCAGCGCAGUCACACCGGAGAGAAGCCUUAUCACUGUGCUACAUGUGAGAAGAGUUUUGCACACUUAAUUUCCUUGAAAACCCACCAGCAGACUCACAAAAAAUGAAUGACUGAAGAGUUUCAGCCACUUAUCAAACCUUAUGCGACACCAUAAAAUUCACACAAGAGUGAAGCCCUACCCUGCACUGGGUAGCAGUGUGGAGUAGUGGUUAGGGCUCUGGACUCUUGACCAGCGAGUCGUGGGUUCAAUCCCAGGUGGGGGACACUGUACCCUUGAGCAAGGUACUUUUACCUAGAUUGCUCCAGUAAAAAUCCAACUGUAUAAAUGGGUAAUUGUAUGUAAAACUAAUGUGUAAAGAAUAAUGUAAUUGUGUGUAAAAAUAAUGUGAUAUCUUGUAACAAGUAGUCCUGGAUAAGGGUGUCUGCUAAGAAAUAAAUAAUAAUGAUAACACAGUACACGCUUGCAAGCAAACUGAUAAAUAUAAAUCACCAUAAUCUAAAACAGGAAAAAUAGUAGCAGUCACUAACUUUAGUUGCUAGACUGGGAAAAGCAGCUUUAUUUCUAAAAAGAAAACCUGUCUUGGGUCCCAAUUUUAAAACCUAUUUAUCAAUAUGGUAAUUAAAAGUAAGACGCUCAUCAAUCCAUAUACCUAGAUAUUUCUAAAAAAGAAACUCCAUGUAAUGUAACAAUAACCCAAGUCAGAUUGCUAAUUUUCCUCCUAUUAGAAUAUAAUAGCAUUGUUUUUGUCUUGGAAAAGUCUGUUGUACAAUAUUAAAUGCAGUCUGCAGGUAACAUAUAAAUGUACAUUAAUAUUACCCAUGUCAUAUCUCAGGUCAUUUAUAUAGAGGAUAAAAAGGAUUGGUCCAAGGAAUGAACCCCUGAGGUACCCCCUGACAUAGAGGUUCAAAGGUGGAAAUAUUCCCAUCAGAUCGUAUUGCUCGUGUUCGAUCUCUUAGCUAACCCUUGAACCAAUCCACAGCCCUCUCACUAAAUCCUAAACCUGAUGUUUUACACAGAAUUGUAUGACGAACAGAAUCAAAGUAAUCCAGCAACAAAACACCUAUACAUUUACCAGUAUCCAGAGCAUAUGAUAUAUCAUUAAACACUUUGAGAACUGCAGUUUGUGUGCUGUGUUUCGAAUGAAAUCCAGGCUGGUGAGCUGCUAUGAUAUUAUUCUGUUCUAAGAAUCUCUUUAGCUGUUGUUUACUAAACUCUCAAAUACUAUGGCAAUAACGAAGUACAGAUAUAGGUGGGUAAUUGUUGGAGUUUGAACGGUCACCUUUAAAAUAGGGACAACGUGCAGAUUUCCAAAUCGAUGGAAUUGUAUUUGAAAUAAGAGAUUAUGUAGAUCGGCUCAUGGUUGUGCAAUAAUCCAUGCUGCUACCUUUAAAAAUAUGGCUCCAGUCCAUCUGGGCCAGCUGAUUUUUUUUCUGAUCUAGACACAGUAAUAGUUUAAGUACCUUGUAUGCUUUAAUAGUACGAAAAUAAAAGGCUGUAAGCUUUUGCUGUCUUUGUUCAGCUAAAUUAGAAUCAAUGUCUGAUUGAUCCUUGGUUUUAAUAAAACCGGACGCCAUCUGUAAAAUAGAUCCAUCAAAUGCCAAACCAGCCUGUGGCAGACAAUUGUAAUCCAGGUGAAAAGGUUUGUUUUGUUUGUUUUUGUCCUGUGCCUGACUGCGAAACAAACAGUAAACAAUAAUGAAGGUAAGUAAUACUGCAGCGUGUAUUACUUCAUUUAUAAUCCCCGGGUUUACCCAGCAAAUAAUAGUCCUGUUUUUAUUAUACACCCACACAAAACACAUACACAAGUCCGUUAGUGAGUGAAUUAGUGCUAGUGGUGCAAAUAUAGUUAGUGAUACGAGUGUACGGGUUUGUGCUGGCCUCUGGAGACAGCUCCGGAAAGUGUUAGCUGUCUAGUGAAUACAAACAAGCAAACAGACAGAACAAAACAAACACUCGUAGCAGCUGGUUUCGCUGUGAUAUCUGAGUUCAGUAUUUUCUGAUGAUAAUACGUGAAAAAUAUUCUCUAGCAUCCAGUACUACAUUUAAAACAAAGCCAAGCGAGGAAUAUCUUAACUGUUAACAUACACGUCUCAAUAUAAGGAGGCAGUGUGGUCCAGUGGUUAAAGUCCAGAGCUUGUAACCAGAAGGUCACCCGUUCAAAUCCAACCUCUGCCACUGACUGACUCACUAUGUGACCCUGAGCAAGUCACUUCACCUCCUUGUGCUCCGUCCUGCGGAUGGGAUGUUAAAUCAAUGUCCUAUUGGAAGUGACUCUGCAUAUAAUGCACAGUUCACAGCCUACCUCUGUAAAGCGCUUUGUGAUGGUGGUCCACUAUGAAAGCGUUAUACAAAACCAAAGAUAUUAAUAAUAUAUCUAUCAAUAAACAAGCCAUAUUAUAACAUAUUGUUUGUGUUUGUUUCGCAGUUCCCUUUAAUAAGCUGCAUGUUGGAAUUCUAGGUACUGUACAGCAUUGUGCCACUGGAACUGGUUCUGCCAUUUGGUGCUAUUGUGUUUGUUCUUAAUAAAUGCUCAGUUAGUAAAUAGUCUAGAUUUUAUGUUGAAACACCUGUCCAAUUUUGUGGGUUUACUAUUACAAAAACAUUACCUUGAAAAAGAUUGAACAGUAAA